UCCACUGUCACUGUCUAUCCACCGCCAUGUCUGCCAAACAGAUCUACAUCGCCGUCGUCGGUGUCGGCGGCGUUGGCAAGGCAUUCCUCUCCCAGCUCGAGUUCCUCCGCCAGCGUCUCUCCAAGCAAAACCCGCCAAUCGACCUCCGUCUUGUGCUCGCACGAAGGAGCAACAAGCAACUUUUCAGCUCGAGCUGGGAAGCAUUGAAUAUCAGCACUGUCGUAGAACAACUCGAAAAGUCAGGCGCGCCACCUUCACCAUUCAACGAGACCAUCGGCCAGCUGGCAAGAGCUCCAGGCAGGGUUGUGCUGGUGGACAACACUUCAGACCAGGGCAUUGCACAGCAGUAUCCAUUGGUUCUUCAGCGAGGAAUCAGCAUUGUUACACCAAACAAGAAGGCUUUCUCGGACAAGAUUGAUCUUUGGCAGAGCAUUUUCAGCUCAGCAGCCAACGGUACAGGGUCGCCAAGCAAUGGCUAUGUCUUCCACGAGUCGACGGUCGGUGCUGGUCUGCCAGUCAUCUCCACGCUAAAGGAGCUCGUGGAGACAGGCGACGAGGUCACGAAGAUUGAGGGUGUCUUCUCUGGUACCAUGUCCUUCCUCUUCAACUCCUUCCAGCCACUUGGCGGUGGAGGAGGCACGUUCGCCGCUGAAGUCAAGAACGCGAAAGAGCUGGGAUACACUGAGCCAGAUGCACGAGACGACUUGAAUGGUUUGGAUGUGGCACGAAAGCUCACUAUCCUGGCAAGAAUCGCCGGCUUGAACGUCGAGUCACCGACUGCUUUUCCGGUGCAGUCGCUUAUUCCAAAGGAGCUGGAGUCUUGCAAGUCUGGAGACGAGUUCCUACAACGACUUCCUGAGUUCGACGCUCAAAUGGACAAGGUCAAGAAUGAAGCCACGCAAGAGGGUAAGGUGGUACGUUUCGUUGGCAGCAUCGAUGUGCCAUCGAAGCAGGUGAAGGUUGGCUUGGAGAAGUUCGACGCAUCACAUCCAAUUGCCGCACUGAAGGGCAGCGACAACAUCAUCAACUUCUAUACUAAGCGCUACGGAAGCAAUCCAUUGAUCAUUCAAGGGGCUGGUGCAGGAGGCGAUGUCACAGCUAUGGGUGUGACCGGCGAUCUGCUGAAGGUCAUCCGGGUCUUGCACUAGACGCAUCAGGCCGAAAUAAAAGUUUUGCAUGACAGGCACAUUUGCAGGCCUCUC